GCUCUGUACGAAGCAAGAAUGUCUCGCCAUCUUCUCGUUUCAUUUGCCAUAUUGGCAAUAUUCUGUGCCAUGACAUUAAGUUCAAAACACGAUGGACAUGAUGAAAAGAUAUCUCAUGUAGAGGUAGUAAGUAUUGAUACAAAACAUCACGGAAUGGAUCACGGAAUGGAUCACGGAAUAGGUCACGGAAUAGGUCAUGGAAUGGAUCACGGAGUAGGUCAUGGAAUGGACCACGGACUCGGCCAUCAGCUAGACGGCCACGUAGAUCACCUAUCACUCGGUCAUGACCAACACAUACCACUCGGUCAUGACAUACCACUCGGUCAUGGCAUACCAAUCGGUCACGACCAAGAUGGACUACACGGUCACAACCAACAUGAACUACUCGGUCACGACCAACACGGACUACUCGGUCACGACCAACAUGAAAUACAAGUUGUUAAAAUACCUGAAGUACACGAACAUGAGCAACCAAUUCUCUUACAUGGCCAUGACAGUCAUCAUGAUCAUGGACACCAUCAUUGUCCGAAAAAUGAAAUGUGGUCAAAAUGUGGAGGUCAUUGUGAACCAUCUUGCAAAAAUCGCAAUCCCCAUUGUUCAAAGGUGUGCACUGCUGGGUGCGUUUGCAGAAAAGGCUUAGUGAGAGAUGCGCAUCAUCACUGCGUUAAGAAAUGCCACUAAUAAUUAUUUGUAUCCAUCAGUUCCUUGGGAGAGUUUUUUGAUUUAUCUUUGGCCAAAGAUGUAAUUUGAUAUUAACCAGAAUUCUGAGUUUAAAAAUAAACUUCAAUAUAUCAGAAA